UGUGGGCUAAGAUUGGUAGUUUAUUUUAAUUCUAUGGUCCAUUGAGUUAAUUCAUUGUGAAUUAUAAAAAAGCACGGAUCUUUUCAAGUUUUCAAAGCAGCACGUGUAGACGCGAUUCACUUUAACGUUGCAUGAAAUAAAUUGUUUGAUUUCUAUUCAAUAAUGCCGUCUGACGCCAAAAAACGCGCUCAGCAAAAGAAAAAAGAGCAAGCUACUAACAGAAAUAAAAAACCUAUUGCCAAAAUAACAUCCGGCGAGCAGAAUGGAACUGAAACGAAUGGCACCAUUAAAGAGGAUCGUGAGCUCACUGCCGAAGAGGCAUUAUGUUUAAAAUUAGAAGAAGAAGCUAAACUGAACUCGGAAGCAAGGUCCUGUACUGGUUCUCUAGCAGUUCAUCCACGCUCAAGAGAUAUUAAAAUAGCAAAUUUCUCUAUAACUUUUUAUGGAAGUGAACUUCUCCAGGAUACUUUGUUAGAGUUGAACUGUGGUAGGAGAUAUGGGCUUGUGGGACUCAAUGGAUGUGGAAAAUCAUCAUUAUUAGCAGCACUUGGACGUCGUGAAGUACCUAUACCUAACCAUAUUGAUAUCUUCCACUUAACCCGAGAAAUGCCUGCCUCUGAUAAAACUGCCUUACAAUGUGUAAUGGAAGUGGAUGAAGAGCGUAUUCAGCUUGAAAAACUUGCUGAGGAACUUGCUCAAAGUGAAGAUGAUGAAGCACAAGAGCAGUUGCUUGAUGUGUAUGACCGCUUGGAUGAUCUGAGUGCGGAUACUGCUGAAGCUCGUGCUGCCAAUAUUCUCCAUGGGCUUGGGUUUACUAAGGAAAUGCAACAGAAAGCUACUAAGGAUUUUUCUGGAGGUUGGCGUAUGCGAAUCGCGCUGGCGCGUGCUUUGUAUGUGAAACCCCAUCUCUUAUUGCUUGAUGAGCCUACCAAUCAUCUUGAUCUGGAUGCUUGUGUCUGGCUGGAAGAGGAACUUAAACAAUACAAACGUAUUUUGGUGCUGAUAUCCCAUUCACAAGACUUUUUGAAUGGGGUCUGUACAAAUAUUGUCCACAUGAGCAAGCGUCGGCUUAAGUACUACACUGGUAACUAUGAAGCAUUUGUGAGGACCCGAAUGGAACUCCUUGAGAAUCAAAUGAAACAGUACAAUUGGGAACAGGAUCAGAUCGCACACAUGAAGAAUUAUAUAGCCCGGUUUGGUCACGGUUCCGCAAAAUUGGCCCGUCAAGCUCAAUCUAAAGAAAAGACAUUGGCUAAAAUGGUCGCUCAAGGGUUGACUGAAAAGGUUGUUGAUGAUAAAAUUCUGAACUUCUACUUCCCGUCAUGUGGAAAAGUUCCACCCCCAGUUAUUAUGGUGCAGAAUGUUUCGUUCCGGUACACGGAUGAAAGUCCAUGGAUCUACAAGAACCUUGAGUUUGGUAUUGAUUUAGACACCCGGCUUGCUCUGGUUGGGCCUAAUGGUGCUGGCAAGUCCACUUUACUUAAAUUGCUCUAUGGAGAUCUUGUUCCGUCAACUGGUAUGAUUCGUAAGAAUUCUCACCUUCGCAUUGGGAGGUACCACCAGCACUUACAUGAGCUUCUAGAUCUUGAGCUCUCGCCUCUUGACUACAUGAUGAAGGAAUUCCCAGAAGUCAGGGAACGGGAGGAGAUGAGGAAAAUUAUUGGUCGCUAUGGCCUCACCGGCCGACAGCAGAUAUGUCCGAUGCGGCAAUUGUCUGACGGGCAACGGUGUCGUGUUGUGUUCGCUUGGCUGGCAUGGCAGACCCCGCACCUAUUGUUACUUGACGAACCGACUAACCAUCUUGACAUGGAAACCAUUGAUGCCUUAGGAGAUGCUAUUAACGAAUUUGACGGCGGCAUGGUUCUUGUUAGUCACGACUUUAGGCUAAUUAACCAAGUUGCUGAAGAGAUUUGGAUCUGUGAAAAUGGUACUGUGACCAAAUGGGAGGGUGGUAUUUUGAAAUACAAGGAUCACCUCAAGUCAAAGAUAUUGAAGGACAACGCUGAUAACGCCGCUAGAAUGCGAAAAUAAUAUGCACAUUUUGGGUAACUCGGUUUUAGUAUACAAAUCAGUUAUUGUUAUUAUUAUUAGGAAUGAAGGUCAAAUCAAUUUAAAAUACCAAAAAAAAAUUUCGACAUUGUAAACCAAAAUUUUUAUUUUCCUGUCUCUUUUCUUUAAAAGGCAAUUAAUAGUUUCCAGUAAGUUUGUAUUUUACGGAACUACCUACGCAUGUCUCAAAUAAAUUUAGCGCAAUUUAAUUUGAUGUUAUAAGCUAAUCUAUUAAUUAUUAUUUGUAUAACUUUCAUCAUUUUAUCAUUUCAAUUCUCAACCAAGGUGGAUACAUGGCAAAUUUUAUUUAAAGAUGUAUAUAAAUGGUUGAUGAAGCUCCUUUCUAUAAAUUGCCUUCUACUUUUUUUAAUUUUAUUAAAUUACAGUUUGUGUUCAUAGGCUCAAUGUAAUAAAAUAUUUUUAUUAAAUAUAUUGCCUUGUAAACCAUUAAAUCAUUGUAGCAUUAUUUUAAUGAUUCUUGGAUUUUUUUAAAAUUUUAAAUAAUUAUUAUGUGAUGUUUAUAUAGUAUUGCUAGUUGCAUUAGAAAUCCAAUAUAUGUAAAGGUCCAUAGUUGAAAUAAGGGAUAUAUAAAAGUUUUAUAUAAUCAUUAAAUUUAUUUAAAAAAUAACCAUUAAAUGUAUAUUCGGUUACCCAGAAAGGUAUUUUUAUCUAAUCAAGUCAUACAUGUAAUUGUAUAGACAAUUUUAUUUCGGGAUUUAGGAUCACUUAAAAUGUGACAAAAUGUGUAUUUAAAACCACGUUUAUAUUACAAAUGUUACAAAACAGUGAAAUUAAUUAAUAUUAUUUUACUAAUAUUGAUAUUUUUCAUGUUAUCUAUAGUGUGGUAAAAACCACAAUGUAAUAGUAAAUGAUAGUGAAUGUUGUACAGCAAAAGUGCAUUAUAGAAUUAAAAUUAAACUGAAUUGUUAUCACCGCUCUCUCGAUAUGUUUGCUUUGCUUCGAGCUGCGGCUGUAGUAUAAUACCAGUGUUGAAUAAUGAAACUAGUGGCAUCGGAUUCAACGAAUUCCUUGUUUGGUUUUAUUUUCAUGCUUUGCAUUUUAUACAAAUAAUUCAGUAUCACGAAUCUGAUGCUUGCAGUAUCUAUGGAUAGCAAGAAUGUUUAGUCCAAUACAAAUCGAUGGACCAAUCAUUCAGUGUGAUCUAGAAACUAACUGAUAAACGCUAGUAGUCUCAAUAAAGUGAUUAAAUAGA